GUACACCACAACAAUGGCCCGGAUAGUGCGAGGUGCUACUGCUUGGCUUGUUUAUAUUAAUUCAAACGCUCCGUUUUGUGUAUCUGCUCACUCUUUGGCAAUCCGACCCUACCGCCAGGUUCCUGAAUUGAUAGCCGGCAACCGGAUACUAGCCAGACUGACAAGGACGAGGAUGGAGGGCUUCAAAUUACGCGCGACGUCCCCCAUCCCGCUGAUCUGCACCCUCCCUCCUCGCCGAUCCCGCAAGAACGUGGUCCCCUGAUUCGACUGUGACUGCUGUCGAAGAAAAAUGAAAUCCAUCCUCGUCGGCCUGGCAGCAGCAGCCGCCCUGUGCUGGACGGGCGCACUCGGUGUCGGUGCCAGCCCAGCCGGAGACGGGGAUGUCGCCGAGGUGGCCGCGAUGGCCGCCCGCCGACACCUCUCGCGACUCAGCACGCGGCACCGCAACAAUCACAACAACGCCACCAGCGACUUCGCCGAGCUCGGCCUGCGGCAGGACAACGGCCAAUGCGGCGCCCAGUAUGGCCGGUGCGCGGGUGACCUGUGCUGCUCCAGCUACGGCUUCUGCGGCGACUCGAUCGACCACUGCCACCCGCUCUUCGACUGCCAGCCCAGCUACGGCGUCUGCGGAUGGCCGAGGACGACCGCCGCGCCCACGCCAACGAGCACCACAUCCUCCACAACUAGUAGCAGUAGCACGCCUGCUCCCCCUACUACUACCACCAGCACCACGCCCACCACAACUAGUCGACCAACAACUAGCAGCAGCAGCAGCAGCACCUUCUCGGCCCCUUUACCUUCGGGCUCGCUCCAGGUGACCACCAACGGGCAGUGCGGUAACAACACGAUCUGCAUCGGCAACCCGAACUUCGGCCCCUGCUGCUCCCAGUUCUUCUGGUGCGGCUCGUCGCUCGACUACUGCGGCGCCGGUUGCCAGGGCGCGUUUGGCGCGUGUUUUGGCGUGCCCGGCCAGCCGGGGAAUCCGCCUACCAACGGCACUACCACCACCACUAGUGCUUCUUCGAGUACUACUUCAUCCGGCGGGAUUACUACUUCUCCUCCUCCUCCAAUUACGACGACGACGACGAGUACUACCAGCAGCAGGACAACAAGCACGACCACAUCGGCAUCGCCCACCGUCUCCAUCCCCGCCGGCAUGACCUCCAGCCGGGACGGGCGGUGCGGGAACAACGUGACCUGUCUGGGGUCCAACUUUGGGCGGUGCUGCAGCCAGUUUGGGUACUGUGGCGAUGGCGACCAGUAUUGUCCGUACAUUGUCGGAUGUCAGCCCGAGUUUGGGUACUGUGAUCCGCCCCCUUGAAAACUCUUUUUGACCUCUCUCAUUAAAAGGUUAUGGUGGAGAGGUUGUAUUGUCGCAAGGGGAGGGGGAGAAGAGGAGGAGGGAGGUGGUGGGAAUGGACGGGGGGUUUGGCGAGUCUGGGAAGUUGUUGUAGACUUAUUACUUGGGUGAUCAAAGAAUGCUAGUAGUACCUUAGUUGAUACUCUUACCUACCAGCUAGGUCUCCCAAGAUGAGCAGAUAGCGGCGGUAUAAAUUUUUUUUGAGUGCAACCUGGGAAGGAUGCUGCGAGUGAUGCCAAGAUGCCCAUGCGACUUUGGGAUCCUUUCUCCUUUUGGGUUAGUAAAUAAACACAGUGGCUGAAGAU